AUGUCAGAGGUCAUAACAGUAGUGAAGAGAAAAGGCGUUUUUGAAAACGAUGCAGCCUUCAAUGGCGACAGGAUAGACUUAAGCAGCGAAGAUGAAAUGAUGUCAGAUGCUGAUGAAGAGAAUUCUAUAUCAAGAAGAGACACUGACUCUCCAAUUGUUACCCCCGGGGAACUGAUUACCGAUGACCCUGUGUGGAUGAGAGGUCAUGGUACUUACUUCCUAGACAACGUGACCUACUCUUCUGUUGUGGGUACAGUUUCUAAAGUCAAUAAACUUUUAUCUGUAGUGCCGUUGAAAGGAAGAUACGCCCCCGAGACGGGUGACCAUGUUGUUGGUCGGAUCAGCGAAGUGGGUAACAAAAGAUGGAAGGUCGAUAUAGGUGCCAAGCAACAUGCCGUGCUGAUGUUAGGUUCCGUUAACCUGCCCGGUGGUAUCCUGAGGAGAAAAUCUGAAAACGAUGAAUUGCAGAUGCGGAGUUUCUUGAAAGAGGGAGAUCUGUUGAACGCUGAAGUGCAAUCUUUAUUCCAAGAUGGUAGUGCUUCUUUGCACACAAGAUCUUUGAAGUACGGAAAAUUGCGUGAUGGUCAAUUUUGCGGCGUGGCAAGCUCGUUGAUUGUAAAAUCUAAGAACCAUACUCACAAUCUACCAGGUAAUGUCACCGUUGUGCUGGGUGUCAACGGUUACAUUUGGUUGAGGAAAACCUCCCAAAUGGACUUGGCGCGAGAUCUAAACUCCGUUGGAGCUGCUGGAGGUGCAUCAACACCAAAAGGUACCAAUGGUCCAACCGGGGCUGUAUCGUUAAACCCAACGACUAACGUUUCUAUCACCAGGUUGGAAGAGGAAUCUUCUUGGCAAAUAUAUUCUGACAAAAACGACCCGAAUAUAAGCGACAGCAUUAAACUUACGAUAACACGUUAUGCAAAUGUCAUAAAAGCACUAGCAUUUUGCGAGAUUGGUAUUACGCAAGAAAGAAUAAUUAGCGCGUACGAAUCCAGUAUGGUUUACAGAAACGUCGGGUCUUUGAUCGAAAGAGAAGUUAUGGAAUCGUUAGGUGCGGAUGUCAUCAACGGUGAGAAAAUGAGGGGCACAGGCGUGUAG